CUGGGUCGGCGCAUGCUCACUAGAUUCCAGCCUUCAGCGUGUCAUAGGUUUGAGAGCUGCCUCUGCGUGAGGGGAAUUUUGUCCUUCCCGGGCUUCCUUUGGGAGGAGAAGGAAGCCAUGGGGAGUUCUUCGGAGGCCCUUCGCUACGCCGAGUACGCACCUGGCAACGGGCCGGGCGUCAAGCCGGGCCUGGCCAGUUCUAUGAUAGCUGUUGGUCUUGGCGUUGCAGCUGUUGCUUUUGCAGGUCGUUAUGCAUUCCAUCUCUGGAAACCACUAGAACAAGUUUUCACAGAAACAGCAAGAAAAAUCUCAACUGCUAGUCUUUCUUCAUAUUACAAAGGAGGAUUUGAGCAGAAAAUGAAUAGACGAGAAGCUAGCCUUAUUUUAGGCAUAAGCCCAUCUGCUGGCAAGAACAAAAUUAGAGCUGCUCACAGACAAAUCAUGAUUCUGAAUCAUCCCGAUAAAGGUGGCUCUCCCUACUUAGCAACAAAAAUCAAUGAAGCAAAAGACUUGUUGGAAUCCAGCAAUAAACAUUAAGAACUGCAGAACUUCUGAUUAAAUGUGCAAAAAUGGAAAUGAGUCACCAAAAGAUUUCUAGCGCAGUUGAUUCCUGUUGAAUGCUGGACAAAAUUAUUGAUGUCUGCAGCUGUUAAUGGUUCCACAAACACUGAAGAUGCCAUUUCAUGAUUGAAUAAUAAAAGUCAGCUCUGCAUUUGGAAUGGAAUUUCACUUGUGCAAUUCUUGCAGGAAAAGUGCAUUACAUGAUAUUACAUUUGAAGCAUGACUCUAGCCUACAGAAAAGAUUCAUGAUCAGUACCAUGACUUUCCAUAGUUCCACUAUACAUAGUUCCACCUCAUCUCUCACAAUCCACACAAAUGUCUUAUUCCUGCCUUCCUCCCACAGCAUGGCUACAUAUUAGCCAGUGCAGAGCUACAGUAGCAGCAGAGAAGAAGCAUCUAAUUAUGUCCCUAUAACAUGGUGGACCUCAUUGAUAAAGCCGGGUAAAGUGGGGAGAGGAUAGCAUAGUUCUCUCCAAAAGAAUUUUAUGUUGCAUCUAUCUAUCUGAACUAUGACCUACUAUAGAAUCAUAGAGUUGGAAGACACCUCGUGAGCCAUCCAGUCCAACCCCCUACCAAGAAGCAGGAAAAUUGCAUUCAAAGCAACCCCGACAGAUGGCCAUCCAGCCUCUGUUUAAAAGCCUCUGAAGAAGCAGCCUACACAAACAUACAGGAGCCCUGUUCCAUAGUCUGUCUGACAACCCUAAAGACUACCCAAAGACCUACAAGAGUGUUAUAGAGAGAGUGCUGUGAUUAUACAUAUUUCUUUACAGAAGAAAGUGGCAUUGAACAUGGCAGAAACCCACAUGUUUUCAGCCUAAAGUUUUUCUGAGUUUACCUAGCUUUCCCCAACAUCUGUCACUUAAUAAUGAUAGAGAAGUGCUGACCCAACUGUUCUCCAGAAUAUUAUGGAAGACUGCAAAUUUUGUUGAUCUUGUCUAAUUAUCAUCUGUGAACAUUGUUUUCAAGCUGAUGUCUUUGUACUCUUUUUAGUGCUAUUUCUUGUAACAGUUGCAUUCCUUUUUGUCAGUUCCCAGUAUCUUCACAAUAUUAAUUUUAGACAGAGCUUUUAUGACUCCUCACCCUUGCACACUAAGCACAUUCACAGUCAGUGAAAUAUCUACUUUUUAAAAUAAUGUCGUAAUCUAUCUUUAAUAGAUUUACUGUUGAAACAUGUAGGCAAUAGUACUCAAGAGUCUUGAUAAUGCUUGUUUUAUUGAAUGUACUUUUCAUUUGUGUUUAUCAUUUGUGCCCUGAUAAAAGUUCCACAGCUUAUUGUACUUAUUAUCCACAGGUUAUUUUAUUUUUUCUUCUAUAUGAUAUAUUUUUGACAGUUUCUACAGCAGACUAAUUUAAAAAGUGCCUUUAAAUGAUUGCCUGAAUAUCUUGCCUGCACACUGAAAGCUUGAUUUACCUUUCACUAAUAAGGGAGCUGUGAGGAGAAAUGCAAAAGUUUCUUGGUUCCUACUGCAAUCUGUAUGCUAUCUGGCACAUUGCCCAAAAGCGCAAUUUCUCUGGUAGGCAAUGAAAAUGUUCUUCUGACCCAUUUUAUGAUCUGAUGACUGUUGCUGUUCCCAUCUAAAUGUCCUGUUUUGUUGCUCGGCUAGGGGAAAUAAUUUAUUAAAAAUUCACAUAAAAUUUUAAUGGAAACAUAAAUACACAUAAAACUGUUAAUGUUCCUUUCUGCUUUAAAUUAAACAUCCCUUUAUUUGUGUUA